UUCCCGCGCUGCGCGGCCCCUCAGCGCCGCCCGCCAUGUUCGCGGAGCUCAACGAGCUGCUCGGGGCCUCCCCGGAGCGCCCGGACGCGGGUAAAUUCACCCUGCUGCGAGACACCCGGACAGAUGGCAGCUUCCUGGUGCACCACUUCCUCUCCUUCUACCUCAGAGCUGGCUGCAAGGUUUGCUUUGUGGCCCUGCUCCAGUCCUUCAGCCACUACAGCAUCGUGGCACAGAAGCUGGGAGUCAGUCUGGCAGCUGCCAAGGAGCGAGGACAGCUUGUCUUCCUGGAGGGCCUCAAGUCCUGCCUUGACCUCCUGUUUGGGGAGGAGGAGCAGCCAGGACAGCCCAGUCCUCUGCAGUUUCUGAGCGGGAGCCCCUGUGACCUGCGAGCCCUGUUUGACUUUGUGCGGGUGUCCCUGAGUGCCACUGGUGGUGAUUCCUGGAAGGGCCCGGUGCUGCUGGUGGAUGACCUCAGUGUCCUGCUGAGCCUGGGGGCUGCCCCGGUGGCUGUGCUGGACUUCAUUCACUACUGCCGUGUGUGUGUGUGCUGCCAGCUGAAGGGGAACAUCGUGGUGCUGGUUCACAGCAAUGAGGACUCGGAAGAUGAGGAAAAUGAACUGGUUGUGAACUCCUUAUGUCAUCACAGCGACCUCAUCCUGUGGGCAGAGGGGCUGGCCACUGGCUUCUGCAAGGAUGUUCAUGGGCAGAUUACGAUAAUCAAGAGGUUGUCCUUGCGGCAGGCAGCGGAGCAGGAUCUGGUCCAGAUCUACCAGUACAAGAUCCAGGACAGGAACGUCACCUUUUUUGCACGGGGGCUGUCGGCUGCAGUCCUGUGACACUGUGACAGUGCAGAGCCUGGGAGUGUCAGUCCCUGCCUCUGCAAAAGCACCACCAGCACCUCUCAGGAGCAGCGCAGCAAACUGACCCAGGAGGGAAGCUCAGACACACCUGGAAGUGGUGCCAACGUGGGAUCAGCCUGCCUGGGGCCUGCUGCAUCCCUUUGUCCUCCCACCCUGUUCCCAACACACUCAGGCCAAGAAAGGGAGCAAGAACUUGCAGGAAUGGCCCUUGGGAGCAUGUAAAUACAGGCAGGGGGUGCCCUGUGGGCUGGGUGUGCCUUGCCUCACCUCUUCCGGUGUGUUGGGCACAGCACGGCGGUGCCAGGCACUGCACAGAGGGGGCACCCCCUCCCUGCCGCUGGCACGGGAGGAGAUGACACACAGCGGGUGGAGCAGGGAUGGUCCGGGAGCCUGGCGCAAUCCUCUCCUUGCUCCCAGCUCUGGCUGGCAGAGGUUUGGCCAUCUGCCAGCUUCCCUGCAGUUGGUAAAUCCACAGCUCCGUGUACAGCCCUCACCUGGCUGUGCUGGGACCUGGCACUGCCACGCUUUAUCCCCUGUGGCUUCCCAAGCUCAUCCUGGGCUUUGUGGUUGGAUAAACCCCUCUGGGAGCCUGUCUCAGCCACUGCUUCCUCAUCCCAAAUCCUGACUAGCAGUUACACGACCUGCCUGUGCUGAAGUAGGUUUUUUUAUUAAUAAUCUCUAAUUUUAGUGAGAUAAGGGUACAGUGAUUAAGUAACCGCGGAUCUCUGGGUGGGAACUGCUCCCCAGUUCCCACCCAGAGAGAUGGGAACUGCUUGGCAGGGAGCAGGAAUGGGCAUCUCCCAAGGCUGGGUGAGGACAGGGCCUUCCCCAUGGCCACAGGGGCAAUCCUGGGAGCAGAGCUCAGGCCUAGAGGUCUCCUGGUAGCUGCUCCUGCUGAGAUAUCCCAUUUAUCCUGGGAGAUAAAAACAUCCCGCACACUUGUGAGGGUCCAGAGCAAUCGGCCGGGUCCUUGCAGCUCCAGAGCUGGGAUAGCAACUCUGGCAGUGGGACGCAUUCCUGAUUUUCCACAGAGACUUGGUGACCCAUCCCAUGCUGGUUUGGGAACAUGCCCUUUGCCUUAGAGUUUUGGGAGCCUUGGCAAGCUCAGGGCUGUGGCUGCUGAUCAGUGGCAGCCCAGGGAAGCCAGGCAGGCUCCAGGGAUUGUGGCAAAGCCACAAGGAGGGAGGGGAGUCAGGCCAUGCCUGUGCUAUAGGAUCUCUCAUCCCUGGUGUCCCCUGGGUCUCUCUAUGCUCUGCGGUGGAAGUGGCAGUGCCCAGUGCCCCUGCUGCUGUCCCAGUGUGCUGGCAGUGCCCAGGGUCAAUGCACUGUCACGGUUUGCAAAGGGAGGAUGAGAGGACCAGUAGCUGCUGGCCCUGCAGCAGCCAAAAGUGCAUCUGUGACAGGCAUGGAAUGGUGAAUAAUUGGAGUAAUGUCUGUAGGAUUAUCCUUGGAGAGACCCCAAAGCCUGGCCCCCAGGCCCUGCCUCCCUCUUGAAACCAGCAGGGUCAUUGUGUGACAUCGCUGCUGUGUGACAUUGUAACUGUGUGACAUCA